AUGCUAUCCACUCCCUCCCGAGAACUCAUGUCCACGGACCUGCCUGCCGUUGAACAGUGCUCUACAGGGUCUACCGAAGGUUCUGACCAAUCUCCCACCGGCUCCCCCCCAAAGACCGAAGCCUCGGAUGACGAAGUACCAACAACACCUACCGAGAAGAACAUCAGCAAAGAAAAGACAAGGAGAGGCAGGACCAGCAGUCGCCGAAGCCAAGGUCCACUCUAUCGCGAUCCCAUCUGCCCUCAAUGGAGCCGGUGCACUAACGCCAUUCACAGCAUGAUUCGACGUUUUGUCGUGGCCUUGUCCGUUCACGCAGCCAGGCAUCCCCUCUCCUACGUCCUUGGCGUUACAACCUUGUCUUUGGCAGUGCUAGCCAUUGGUUUCUUUACCAACUUCACAAUUGAGGUCGAUUACGAAAUCAUCUAUGCACCGCACGGGUCUCGUCCCGUCGAGCACAUGGAUUGGAUUCACCAUCCCGACACGGGCUUUCCGCAAGGAAGUCGCCCAUUUACAUUUGUUCUUCACAACCAAGGACAAAACGUUUUGAGCAAUCAAGGAGUACGACAAAUGUUUCAAGUCCUUGAAACUAUGGAAAACACUCCUGGAUACCAGGAGAUUUGCGCUCAAAGCUCUUUCACCAUGGAAUAUGCCAAUGGGACCAAAAUAGAGAAUGCCUGCAAUGUGAUCGGUAUUACUCGCUUCUGGUACUAUGAUUCAGACUUGUUUGAGUCUCAGGAACUGACAGACCGACAGGUCAUGCAGGCCAUCUCCAAUGAAAGCUAUCCUGAUGGAGUGCCCGUCAAUCGUGACUUCAUCCUUGGACAGUAUGAAAUCACCAACGAGACAACAGUAUACAACCCUGCUAUGGAGAAGGAGGUUGUUUGGGGAACUGAUCCCACCGUUACAUUUGCCAAGAGCUUUCUAGAGACACUGUUGCUACCGGAAACCGAGACGGCGAUCGAGUUUGAAACGGCAGCAAUCGAAAACCUACUAGAACUCCAACAACAAUGGAGGGAAGCUGCAGAACAAGAAGUUGCCGAUGGACUACAGUACACAACAUAUCAGCUCGAGUUUUUUACCAUGAUAUCCUACAAUUCCGAGUUUGAAAAAGCCAUAUUCAAGGACUUGCCACUCACCUUUAUGGUGGGUGCCAUCAUGGUAGCAUUCACUUGCAUUGUCUUCUACAGACCCGACCGAGUCAAGUCGCGAAGUCUCCUGGGGGUUUCCUCUGUCUUUACCAUUGCCAUGUCAUUGGCUAUGGGACACGGAAUCAUGUUUGUGGCGGGCAUUCCUUUCACGAACAUGACCAUGAUGCUUCCUUUCGUUGUCUUCGGAGUAGGCUUGGAUGAUACUUUCAUCAUUACAGGAGCAUACUUCCGGACAGACCCCAACAAGGAUACUGUGGAACGGAUCCAUGAAACCAUGCACGAGGUUGGAAGCAGCAUUAGCUUGACAACCACAACGACAUGCCUGGCUUUUGCCUUGGGUUACAUCUCUUCAAUCCCCGCCAUCCAAUGGCUCUGUCUCUACGCCUUCCUUUCUUUGGCCUUGGUUUUCCUCUUCCAAAUCACACUCUUUGUAGGAUUCAUUGUCCUUGAUGAAAGAAGAAUCAAGGCCAACCGACGAGACCUCUGUGUCUGUAUAACUGUGGAGGAGGACGAGUCAGAGCAGGCUGGACAGGAUGCCGACUCCAACAAAACCACGGAAGAUGCCGCCCUUCGCUUCAUGACCUGGUAUGCGGACUUCCUCAUGCGACCUGCAGCCAAGGCUGUUGUCAUCGCGGGGUUCCUUUACUACUUCGGAGUCUGCAUUUGGAGCACCACCCUUCUCACGCAAGAGUUCAUCGUCUCUGACUUUCUGCCCGAAGGAUCUUAUGUUGCAGACUAUCUUGAUGCUGUGGAUGCCUACGCAGCAGAAAUGGUUCCGCUUGGAAUCUACUUCCGCGGCAUUGAUCAAUCUAACGAGACGGUUCAGCAGCAGAUGAGAGACUACAUUGACGAACUGAUGCAACUGGAGCAGCUAGACAAGCAACCUCCGUUCUGUUGGGUCCGCGACCUUGCCAAUGAUGAAGUGUACGAAGAGGCCCUUGGAGUUGACCUGAGCUCCUUCACUUUCAACGAGAAGCUAAACUUGGCCUUGAGUGACCCUCGAGUCAGGCAGGUAUACGGCGAAGACAUUGUACGAGAUGAGCAAGGCAACAUUACAGCAAGCCGUUGCAUCGUCUUUCUCUCGAAGAUCGACUUCGACCACGUACAGUCGCAGAUCAAGAUGCUCGACGACCAGCGUGCUGUCGCAGUUGUUCAGCCUUUGAACGAGGGCCAGGAGAACUUCAGAAUGUUUACCUUUGCGGAUCUGUACUUCCUAUGGGAGUUCUAUAGUGUGGCAGUGGAUGAACUGAUCGCAACGACGAUUGCUGGAGUGGUCUCCGUGACGGUGGUGGCAUUCCUCCUGAUGCCUCAUUGGACUGCUGUGUUCUACGUUGGACCAAUCAUCGUCAUGCUUUACAUUGACUUGUUGGGCACUCUCCAAUUUGCUGGUCUCCAUAUCAAUGCAGUAACCUAUGUUUGCCUGACCAUCUCCAUUGGGUUAUUGGUGGACUUCUUGAUGCAUAUCAUGCUUCGCUACUACGAGUCCACAGAAUCAACUCGAGAGAAGAAGGUUAAGGACACUCUAAAGACUAUGGGUGUCAGCAUCAUGGUGGGGGGCAUGUCUACCUUCCUCGCAGUCAUUCCGCUAGCCUUCAGCACCAGUGCGAUCAUUAAGACUGUUUUCACGGCUUUCUUUGCGAUGGUUACGCUUGGAGUCUCCCACGGACUCAUUUUCCUUCCUGUGGUCCUCUCAUUCAUUGGGCCCAAGUACACUCCCAGGGUGCACCCAGCACGAAUCGAUGUUGCCAACAGCACCGACGCUGACGCUGAUACCGUGCUUGAUACUAAAUUCUUCUCAGGGCCAGGGAAUGCUUCCACCUCCGCCUCCCAACCUUCCACCUCAUCAUCCGAUGACUGUGACAGUCCAGGCUAUGGCAUCCCUUUCGGGGAAGCUCCAUGCAGAACAAUCAUUGAAGUAUGA